CGACACGGUUUGUUAGCGUGGACGAAUUCCUAUCAAACCCCAGCGAAACUAUGGUUAGCCGACGAGCUAACCCUGCUAACCCCAGGCUCCGUGACAUGGGUCCGAGUUGGACGGAGUCACCUGCCUUAGAAAGGCAGUUUCCUCGGUGUAUGUGUCGAGAUCCAAGUGCCGUCAACACAAAAGAGCGGCUUUCGUUAUACUGGAAAUCACCACAGAUCUCAAGAUGAGGCAGAUGUUGUAGAGGGGGAAUUCCACCCCCCAACUACGACACGGACUGUUUUAGGUGUUAAGGUCCAGAAUGGAGAACAUUUGAGGGACGUUUUCCCCUCAGGCGAGUCCUGAGUCGUGACACUCUCCUGAACUCAGGUUCUUCAGAGCCUGCUAGUAAUAUGAGCCAUGGACCCUGGGGCUGUUGAUAGUCCUGUAACCCUAGUCCUUAAGGCCCCCAACCAGAAGUAUGAAGACCAGACCAUUAACUGCUUCCUCAACUGGACCGUGGAGAGGCUGAAGAGUCACAUCUCUAACGUGUACCCCAGCAAGCCUCUGUCCAAAGACCAGCGGCUGGUGUACUCAGGAAGACUCCUUCAAGACCACCUGCAGCUCAGAGAUGUGCUGAGAAAGCAGGAUGAAUACCACAUGAUGCACUUAGUGUGCACCUCACACAGUCCCCCAGGCUCGCCCGUGCCUCGGAGCCCCUCCAUGGUCAACUCCAGCUCUCCUGCUGCUGACUCCAGUAGUUCAGAAAGUGCCGGCUCUACCUCCUCUGCCACCACGCUAAAUCAGGACAGCCAGCCAGCCUCCUCCCCCCCUCCUCCUCCCCCAACAAGUUAUGACGGGCUAAUGUACCGCGGCAGCUUCCCCCAGUACAACCCUCAGAGCCCCCCCGGUGUCCCUCAGUGGCCGAAUGGAGCCCAGGUCCCUUUAGAAGGAGGCCUCCCUGCCAAUGUACCCCCCCACCCCAUGUACAUGUCCAUGCAGAUGCUGUGGUGGCAGCAGAUAUAUGCACGCCAUUACUACAUGCAAUACCAAGCGGCAGUGGCCGCCUCUCAGCCUCCCAGCACCUCCCCUCCCUCUUCUCCUUCGUCCACACCCCAUCAGGCCGCUCAGCCCAAUGAAGCCGUGCAGCCCGCGCUGGGGCCGAACCAGGCCCCCAACCCUUUACCAGAAAACCAGCCGGCCAACCCCAACAUCCAGAUGAACGCGCAGGGCGGGGCUGUGUUAAACGAUGAUGAGCUGAACCGGGAUUGGUUGGACUGGUUGUAUACGGUGUCCCGCGCUGGCGUCCUGCUCAGCAUCGUCUACUUCUACUCCUCCUUUAGUCGCUUUGUCAUGGUGGUCGGCGCCAUGCUUCUCGUCUACCUGCACCAGGCCGGUUGGUUUCCCUUCAGGCCUGAGCAGCAGAAUCUUAGAGGGGAAAGGGCUGCAGCUCCUCAGGAGGAAGCAGAGAGACAUCAGGACAUACAGGAAAUGGAACGUUUGAUGGACGAUGGGAUGGAGGACGACGACGACAGCGGUGAGGAAGCGGGCGGAGGCCCAGAGGACCUGGCCCCGGCUGCUGCUGCUGCUGCUCUCCCCGAGCCAAGCUUCCUCACCACCGUGUGGUCCUUCAUCAGCACCUUCUUCACCUCACUCAUCCCAGAGGGACGGGCCCAACCGGCCAACUAGGUGGACCCCUUACCUCCCAAACCCUUCUGCCAGCAGGUGUCACUCUACAGCAGUCCCAUCCUUCCUCUUUACUCUCCUAAAUGCCCCCUUUUAAUCAAAAACUAUUUGGUCAAAACAGGUUAAAUACUGUUCUAUCCCAGAAUGCCUGACACAAAUCCAGCUGUUCUACAAACCUUCACAUUGCUGCCAACAAACAGACCGAUACUUAAAACUGAAGUCAAAAGAGCAGAUGCUCUGCGAGUUCUGCAGGGGUUUAGGGGAACACAGCAACUUUCCAAAAGAAAUAUCACGCUGUGUUAUUGGACUGAAUGCUUCAGCUGUGAUCAUGAAUUCAUUAAGACGUGAUGAUGGUGAGAGGCGCUAGAUUUUUAAAUCAUGCUUUUGAAACAAACCAGGGCUGUGACGCAGAUCAGAGGGAAAAAACAGGAAUCUCUCUAAAAUUACAGGGAGAUCUGUCCGUAGUCACUCGCCACAUCACUAAAGACAUUUUCAUGUAUGCACAUGAUGUGCAUAGACAUUGCAGCUACCGAAGCACAUUGUUUUCCCACUUGAUGUAUUUACACUUGUAAUUUACACAUCUAAGUUUAUGCAUCUUUAAUUCCUGAAUAUAUGCUUUUUUGAAUAAAAAUCUUGCUGCAGUUUGACUUUGUCUGCUGCGUUUUA